GACUGAGGUCGGACUUUCAACUCGGGUGCUUCUCUUCGUCCAUGCUGAUCUUGUAAGGUAUUUGCUGAAGUUGGCCUGGGAGAUUAGUCUGCCUGGGAGAUUAGUCUGCCUGGUCGAUCUCUGCUUCGCACGUCUGGGAUGUACCUGCAAAAAGGACUCCGACGAUCAAGUUAGUUGUUGUACCCAAUCUCAUGUAUUGCUUAUAUCAUUACCUAUGGUGGUUUUCCGUGUAACCGUGUAACUGCCGUAUGGUUAUCUUCUGAGAGUAGUUUGCGGUUUAAUUGUAUUCGAGAUCGUCAACAUGCCGAGGUGUCUUGUUAAUAUCUUUUAUCCCAUGUGGCAUACUAGCGUUUCAUGUAUUUAUCCUAGCUUGUCCAAGGAAUCACCUCGGCUGAGUUGACCUUUGAACUCGGUUAAUCUCGGCUCGAGUCAGGUUGGUACAUAAGCCCCCCAAGCUCUGAAUGAGGGAGGAAUGAAAGAGGUGAGAAAAAGAAAGACAGAUCGUCCCACGAGAAAGGCGAAAAGGCAAUAUAAAGAAUCAGAACGGUGCAAGCUGAAAGGCUACACGUGUAUGAAUAAGAAGGCGUAUCAUUAUAAGUCCAACAGCUGUAUUAUAGGGAAGCGUGAGCAGGUACGGCAUUUAAUCAUGACGAUUGAGUGGUUUAAGGCAAGUCAUUGAAUGUGUAAGAUUUGGAAGCACGCGAAACGUGUUACCAAAGGGUUGCGGUGCUCCAAGAGAUAACGAAGAGUUGGAAGAAGUAAGGUAUAUAUAUAAGGCUGGACGGUGGUUGUGUACAAUUAUCCGCCAUAUUCGUUGCGAGAGGAGCCAUUCGUGGAGAAUAGGAUACUCGAGGAUAGAAAUCUCCAGGAGCAUACACAUCGCAGGUAUCAAGCGUUUUACUCUUGAUCUUUAUAUGGUAUUGGGUGUUGAAUAGGGAUUGGGGAAAUGGGUAAACCGAAAGAGAAAAUCACUGGUAGUAGGGCAAAGGAUGCAAGCGUUCAAAAGAGGGGUGGGAACAACAGGAAAGAUUCCCACCCUAAGAUUCUUGUUACUAGGUACAAAUGGGUGAGGGGAGAUGUAGGUAAGUAUGAGAGUAAGGUUAGUAAUGAAAUGGAGGCUAGUUUGUUGCAGCAUAAAUUGAAAUUUUGUCUCCCUCCAUAUUUAGAGCAACUUUCCAUUGAACCGUGUUCGUCUGAGGAACGUAUAUUUUUCAAAGUGUCAACAUCUCCUCCCCAUGUAUACAUGUAUCAAUGCCUGUUUAGAGAUUUGGGUGUGGUAAUCCCUUUUACCCCAUUCGAGUUUGAAUUUCUGAAAAAGAUUAAUGUAGCACCGAGUCAAUUGCAUCCCAAUAGCUGGGGUUUUGUACUCAUAUUCCAAAUAUUAUGUUCAGUAAUGGGAAUUAAACUGAGUUUGGGGGUUUUCAUGCAUUUUUAUCAAAUAAAGUUGGGGGAACCACCCUUUGGGUGGGUGUCAUUGAGUGGAAGCUCGAAUGUGGGUUUGUUUCAGAUCUUCUUGCAAUCAUAUAAAAAAUUUAAAGAAGAGUUUUUUAAAGUACAAUCUGCACAUAAGGACGCAACCUCAGACACGAUUUUCCACUUGAAUGGUGAACCAAAAUUUCCUCUAAGUUGGAAAUCACAACCCAUAAGAUUUUAUGGGUCAAAAGGUUUAGUAUUAUCGGCUGCGGAGAAGAAGGAUAUAGAGAAAUUGGAAGUGCUAGCUCGACCGUUAGAAAGUAAAGCUAUUCUGCUGCUUGCAGGAUCAAAAAAUCCGCAAGACGAUCUAGAGAGUAUUAUGGGACAGAGUAAAUGGCGAGAAUUGAAAGCAAAAUAUGGGGAUAAAGAUGUGGAAACAGAAAAAGUGGAGGCAAAGAAGAAAAAAACAACGGGUUGAACAGCGAGUUGGGGACAAAAAUGUGGACUCAAGUCGUCCGGGGCCUGUUCAAGCUGAGGUUAAGAUGGGAGAGAAGGAUACUGAUUCAAGUCGGCCCACUGGCGGCUUAACUCAUCCAACUGCUAGUUCAAGUCAUCCAGUUGUUGCCGAUGUGAAUAUUCCAAGUUCCUCAACAUCGGAGAUUGGUCAUGAAAAGGGAGUUAAGCCAGUCGUUGUGAUUCUUGAUGAAGAAACGACAUUGAAGUCUAAGAAAACAGCUAAUUCGAUUUCGCCUGAUGACACGAUGUCGGAACUACAAAAAGUAAUUGCCUAGCUUGGUUUCUCAUCUCCAAUACCACAAGGAGGAUCUGCUAAAGGUGAUCAAACUAGUCGACCUUGGACAUUGCACCAGAGAUAUGAUUCCAAUAAUCCCCUUGGGAGAUUAGAUCACGUAAGCAUCUCUCCAGAUGUUACUUUAUUUUGGAAUGCUAAACUGACAGCGGAUGCCAUUUAUCAAGAGGAUCCUGCUCGCAUUGCCGAUAAGGCAUUGAUUGAAAAAGUAGGUCCUGUACAGGGGUUGGAUUCAGUGGAAGUAUUCUUGCAGAGGUCAAUUGCUGUGGUUGAUCAUUGGAGAAAAAGGUGGGGGGAAACAUAGAACAGAUGGAUAGGUUGAAGGCGAAAAAUUCAAAAAUCGGGUUGCUGACCGCCGAGUUAAAUGAUAAGAAGGGGAAAUUGGCAGAGUCAACUAAGGCAUUUGAGAUAUCAAUUCGGUCAAACAAGUCGUACUCAACCAAAGUGGAAGAACUCUUGAGUAAAGUAAAGAGAAUAGAGAAAGAGAGAGAACAAAAAGAAAAAGAAAAUGUUGAGCUGAAAGUGAAGCUUGAGGAAAACAGUCAAAGAGAAAAAAGAAAAUGUUGAGCUGAAGAUGAAGCUUGAAGAGAAAGAUCGUAUGAAUUUGAAAUUGCAAGAUGAGUUGCAACGGUUGAAGGAGCAAAACAAAGCUUGUCAAGAAGUGAUAGCUGCGGAUGUGGAAAAAGCUACUGAACUUGAGAAGAAAAAUAAUAAGUUAAGUUCAGAACUUGAGGCUACCGAGUUGCAUGUAAUGGAGGAACAUAGAAGAGGGUUUGCCAAGGCACUUCGACAAAUCAAAGUAAUAGCCCCAGAGAUUGAUCUUCACGAGUUGGAUAUCAACAAAGAUGAAUUGAAAGGAAAAUUAAUCAGUGAGGAUGACCUGCCUGAUGACUUUAGCAGUGAAGAUUAAUAUUAUAAUGAAGUUGUAAUAGGAUAUUUCAUAUGAUGUGUUCAUUUUGAGUAGGUGUACUUUAGUGAUAUACACUAUAUUUUAUGUUUUGUUGGUUUCGAGUAAUUGUGAUUUGAUGA